AUUAGCUCUGUGCUAGCUUACCGUUUCACCUUGUGACGUCGAAUAUGUGGGACAGCUCGAGCCACGGUUUUGACAUAGAGAGUUUUGCAGGCGAUAAAUAGUUUAUAGCCGUGCUGCGACUGGUUAACAGAAACUAUUUAGCAAUUUUAGGCUCCGUCGGACUUUAAAACCCAAUUUCAUGCUGUAACGUUACUUGGCUUCUAGUUAGUUUACAUACUUUGGACUUUCAGUGUGUGACGUUAGUGCGUGCAUGUUUUCUUUUUGUAGCUGUUAUCCAAUUUUCUGUUUCUGCUUUGAAACCGAGCAGCUACAAUGCAUAUUAAACAGGAGACGAUAGCCAUUUUAAAGCAGUUUGACAGUGGGAACAAGUUCUCCUCUCUGUCGGUGCUGCCCAAAGCCUCAGUGCUGAUCCCACUGGUUGUGAAGAAUGGAGAGCUGUGCACCUUGAUGACCCUGCGUUCAAAAGAGCUGAGGACCAGUGCUGGUGAGGUGUGUUUCCCGGGCGGGAAGAGAGACCCCAGUGACAGAGAUGAUGUAGACACAGCUCUGAGAGAGGCAGAGGAGGAGAUAGGUCUAUCACCUGAUGAUGUUCAGGUGGUCUGUAGACUGGUCCCUCUCAUCAGUAAGAGUGGUCUGUUGGUGACCCCGGUGGUUGGCUUCAUAGAGGAGUCAUUCUGUCCCUGUCCAAACCCAGCUGAGGUCAGUGCCGUGUUCACAGUCCCUCUGGACUUCUUCACCAGUGACGAGGACCACGACGCUAUCCACAGUGUUGCUGGGACGAUGGGGUCGCUGCAAUCAUUUUAUUUUGUGGACCCUGAUUCAGGAAGCCAGUAUCACAUAUGGGGCCUCACUGCUGUGUUUGCCAGACUGGUUGCUACCCUUGCUCUCAGGAAAAAACUUGAGUUUGAUGUUGUUUUUGACCCUGACAAUCCGUUAGCCUUCUUACUACAGAUUCUACAUAGAAGAACUAGUAAACUAUGACCAGGUGAUUUUACGGAUGUAUGUACGGCAUUUGUGCAAAUACAAAAUACCUGAAGCCAGAUUUGUUGUAUAACUGCAGCGCAUUCAUUUACACUAUUAAUUGUGAGGCUCAGAGUGCAAUGUGCAACUUUACUUGCAUGCAAUAUUUAAAAGAUUAAUAUAAAAACCUUUCAAAGCUAUAACAAGUGCAUCUAAAACUUAGAGGGGGGAGAAAAGAAAUGAAUCAAGACAUUUAUAUUUUUAUUAAUUUAUUUAAUGUAGCAGCAGGAUUACAGAUAUAAACAGAAGAGUAUACAAAUGUCCAGACCAAGGCAAGGUACAUGUUAAUAAUAGUUCAGAUGUAUGAUAACACACUGGGGUUGACCUUUAUCCUGACUGCAGGGUCUUAAGGCUAGAUACUAAAGCUCAAGCUACACAGAACGGAUACAACAGAACUGUUGGAGAAUGUGAAAUAGAAAGUGAACUAGGUAAAGUGAGCAAACUGAUUACACACAAGAUACAGCUCACACUAUUGGCAAUUAACAGUUAAUUUAUCAUGGUUGCUCCUUUUGAUCAAGCAUUUCACAGCAACAAUAGUAAUGUUGACAAGCACAUCAACACAAGAAAGCUCUCCAUAAAACAAUCUCCACGGUCUCGUCCCUUUUACCUCACAUGUACAAAUCUCACGAGGCAUGAAAACAUUUUCAACAGAAAGUCACAAACAAGUCGACAAUUCACUGGUGAAGUUGCACAAUAUUAUGUUGAGAGUACUCACUCUGAUAUCCUGCAAUGGAUUUCCAAAGAGACAAUGUUAAAACUUAAAUCUGUCUGUAUGGGCUAUGGUUAUGCUUGUGUUUAGAAAUAAAAAUGCAAUCACUGAAAAGUGUCCUGAUGUUAAAACGUCCUAGAGAAUAAAAAGGACAAGGAGCCAAAUAGCAAUGACACAAAAGGGACACCAGUAAACACAGCAGAGUAACAGUUAAGUUAUCAAGGCACACAAAGUUCUGUUGAAAGCAUCACAAUUAAAGUUCAAGAUACCCCCUGCAGUAUAUUU